AUGGCGGCAUCCCUUCUGUACCACAGACUGUCCUCAGACAACAACAACAACAACAACAACAAAACACACACACACAAAACAAAAAAACAACCCAUAAGCAACAGAAAAUGUUCCUACAUCCCUCCCUGUGCCAGAGAUGAUCAGGAGAACUCUGAGAAUGUCACAUACAAGCAGAAAUACUGGAAAGAGAAAGUGGGUUCACAACCAUUUACCUGCUAUUUUAACCAGCACUUGAGGCCAGACGACGUCAUGCUGAAGCGCACCCACGACGAGACCGUCCUCUUGCACUGCUUCCUCUGGCCGCUGGUCACCUUCCUGGUGGGCGUCCUCAUCGUGGCGCUGACCGCCGGCGCCCGCAGCCUGGCUGCCAGAGCAGAGGCCAUCCAGAGGAAGAAGCACUUGUAGCGGGGCUGCGGGGAUGGAGGCCGCCGGGGAACCUCGCUCACGUGGGAAGGCUCAGCACACUGUGAGGCUUGGCACCGCGCGUCCCGGCUGGUGGCAGAGCUGCUCCUGCCAGAGGGUUAAUCUUGGGAGUCCGCCCUGCCCAGCACCAGCUAGCUGCUUCCUCUGCUGCGGCAGUAAAUAAUUAUCUGCUACCAAAAGCUCCAAUCUGCACCAACACACUGUGCUCUGUCCGCCCUCACCGGCAGCUGCCCGGCUCAUAGCGGUGUUGAGAGACAGUUUCUGAAAACACUGACGUGGCUCAUUUAUUCUCUGCAAAGUGAUCUUUGCUAUUGUUUAAUAUCAAAUAUUUAAAACAUUUCCUUUAUGAUAUAGACUGUAUUUCCAAAGUAAUAAAGUUUGGCUGUUUUGUUUUUAUAUCUUUGUUUUC